AUGCCUCCACGCCCCAAACGAGCCCCAGCAUGGAACAAUUCCGAGCUGCAGGACCUCAUCAGUGUUUGGGGUGAGGAAGCUGUGCAAGCACAGCUGUGCUCCAGAAGGAGAAAUUAUGAUACCUGUGGGCAGAUAUCGCAGUCCUUGCUGAGAAGGGGCCAUGAACGGGACGCGUUGCAGUGCAGGGUCAAAAUAAAAGAGCUGAGGAGUGCUUACUGCAAAGCCCGUGAGGGAAAUCGCCGCUCAGGAGCUGCCCCCACAACCUGCCAUUUUUACAAGGAGCUGGAUGCCAUACUUGGGUGUGACCCCACUGCCAAUCCGAGGACCACGAUGGAGAGUUCAGAGCAGGGAGAAGUGGGGGAGGGUGUAGAGGAAGCUGACAGUGAGGCUACUGGCGUGGAGGGAGACACCCUGGAGUCCCAGGAGGCAUGCAGCCAGGAGCUCUUCUCAAGCCAGGAGGAGGCUAGCCAGUCGCAGCAGCAGGAAGUUGAUGGUGAGGAAGAAACUGAGGAGCGUGCUCGGGUGACCUUGACUAAUGCAGCUGGAUCACCGGCCUCACGUCGGUUGCAGAACUUGAGAAAAAAUCCCCGAAAAUCAAAGGAAGAAUUGAUCAAAGCAGUUAUGAUUCACUACAACAGAGAAAGUAGGAAGACGCAGGAAUGGAGAGAGAAAAUGUAUGAAUGGAGAGAGAAAAUGUAUGAGUGGAGGCAAACAGAAAGCAGGAGAAAGGAAUUGGCUAUCAAAAAAACCUCAAAGCAGAUGAUAAGCCUCCUGGCUCGCCAAACUGAGUCUUUCGAGUCUCUCGUAGCCAUGCAGGCAGAUCUGUACCGUGGUAACCCACACUCCUCCCAAAGCUCUCUUUCUUGUUCCCCAGUAUUUGCACAAAACACCUUUCUCCAGCAGCCAGUUUCUUAUUACCCCCAGCUGCCCCCAAGACCUGUACGAUCACCUAGCAGCCCUGAUAACUAUAAUUCUUACCCUGUGCACUCCACCCCCAUUACCCUGCAGCAUAGUAAUCCUGAAGUGCAACAGACAUUGAACAGUAAUCAAAACAGGACAUAUUCAAACCUCUGA